UUUGCCUUGAUUGACCUUCACCCGAAACCAUUGACAUAGUUGUAAACAAACAUAUUGAUUGCAGAGUAUAUUGGUCACACAGAUCGGUCAGCGAAACACCUCUACAGUAAUCAUAAAGAAGAGUUGGCACUGUAUUAAAGAGAUAAAGCAGAUUAUACAGAAGAAAUCAGUCAGAUUUAACAGAAAUAGACAUACCCUUGUUAGCCACACAUUUAGUCUUUUCAGUCAAAUUGAGAACAGAAUUAACGAAGUUUCUCUUGGUUGUAUAGAAGAGUUGGCACUGUAUUAAAGAGAUAAAGCAGAUUAUACAGAAGAAAUCAGUCAGAUUUAACAGAAAUAGACAUACCCUUGUUAGCCACACAUUUAGUCUUUUCAGUCAAAUAGAGAACAGAAUUAACCAAGUUUCUCUUGGUUGUAUAGCAUUAACAGUUGGUCAGAUGCCUGAGAAUUUUGCUUGGACUUCUAUUGAUUAUAAUCCUGAUAACUGGGUGUGGGACCAGUUAAACAAGUCUCCUGAGGUACUGCUCUCCUCAGACCAGGAGAAUGUCUACUUCUAUACAGAUCCAGUCUACCAAAGUACAGGCACUGCAGGUGUGAGAGGAACUAAAGGUUUUACAAGUGGAAUACAUGUAUGGGAUGUACACUUCCUUGAGCCCCCAAAUGGUACCUCAGUAAUGGUUGGUGUUGGCACAGAGAGAGCACUAUUGCACAAGGGGGACUACAGUUAUGUUGACCUUAUAGGUAUGGAUUCACAAAGCUGGGGAUUAUCAUACAAGGGGAAAAUCUGGCACAAUGGUCAGAGUAAGAAAUUUUGCCAACCAUUCUUUGACAAGACCACCAUUAUAACUUGCCAGUUAGACUUGUACUCAGGGACUUUAACCUUUUACUGCAAUGGUCAAAGCUUGGGCAUAGCCUUUACCGGACUAGACCAAGUUGGAGAACCUUUAUAUCCAAUUGUAAGCUCCACAGCAUCAGAAUCAGAGCUAGGUCUGGGAACAAGAGGAUGUCGAUACUUGUCUUUACAAGAAAAGUGCUUCCAGGCUAUUAAACGUCGACUGGCAUAUAAUGAGGCUUAUAAUGACUGUGUGGAUUGUCUCCCUUUACCAAAAAUUAUGAAAUCACACUUAAGUGCUUUGUACUAACAUUAGAAUGACGCAGCAAAAACUCAGGCAGCUUUUUACCAUUUAAUGGUAUAUGUAUUUUAUUUGUUUUUACAAAAUAUUUUAUUUACUUCAUGUAAGUAAUAGCUUAUUUGAUACUUAUAGUAUCUGCAUUUUAUGGGUAGAAUAUUUGUUCUGUAAGAAUGAGGUUUCAAAAGGAAUCAUGUGUUAAUUAUUUUGAUUUGAGUAAUAAGUGUAUGUAUAUUUAUUAAGACACUUAUAAAUCUAAGAAAUUCUUGAUAAACUAUAUCAUCUUAACCAAAAAAACAUGGCAUUUUACUUUUUGAUACUAAAUCAUCAGCUGGAAUAUCAGCUGGAAUAUCUGCUCUCUUGCUUGAUAUUCUUGCUGAUUAAGUCAGUAUCAAAAACCAAGAAUGUCAUUAUUCUAUAUAUAUUGCAGAAGUGCAAAUAUAGCUUCAAAAUAUCAUGUUCAUCAGUGACAAAAAUGUGUUUGAGACAGUUUGUUUAAAUUUUUCUUUACAUUAAAAGGGUUAUUGCAUGAAUAUAUUUGAAUAUUGUCUACCGCAACCUUGUGCAACAUAUAAAUCUACUUGGGACAAUUUUCAUGUAAUAACCCUGUAUUAUUUUAAAAAAAUGCUUGAACAAACUGUUUCCAACAUAUUUAAGCAUUGACCAUGACAUGUGACGAUAAUUGGGAUUAGGGAGGGAAUUGUCAAUUGACAGAUAAACACAAUGAUUUUGUUCAGACAACUUGACAAGCGUAACAUAAUUAAAAUGGUUGAUGGGAGAUCUUAACACAGGAAAUGCUUCAUUUGCUAAAAUUUAACCUUCACUAAUGAAGCAAUGCUUGAGGCUAUAAUUUUAUGCAAGCAGUGUGACUUGUGUUCAAAUCUCCUAUAAGACAUGCCCGCGAUGAUUACUUUCUUAUACAUUAAAGGAUAUUAGUAUGAAGAAUAUGGUUGUAUGUAAAAUGUUUAAGUAUGGUGAAGUGGAAAUGUGCAAUUGAUUGGUCAGUUAAUAGUGCUUUGUAAUACUAAUAUAUAGUCAAUUGAAUUUUUAUUGUUAAUUAUGAAUGAAUGUGUAAUCCAGUUAUAGAUAGUUUAUGUGGAUAGUAUAGUUAAUACAUGCCAAAGGUUGUACAGACUAUGUACUAAAUAGUCUUGACUAAUUAGAUUAAAAAAAUAAAAUCAAGUACCAUAUUUGAAAUCAUUGGAGUUUAAUAAUAGGUUUGUAAUUUAAAAGAACAGCUGAUCAAAAAAAUUUAAUAUAGAAUCAGAAUAUUGUCAUACAUAAUUAUAUAUAUAUCUAAGAAAAACUGCUUUGUUUUAAAGACCACUGAUUUGACAUUUUCUUUUAAAUCAAUUCUUUAGAAUGACAGUCAUGUACAUACUGAUUGGUUUGAAAUUAUAGCUAUUAUGAUAUUAACUAUCAUGUUACAUGUUUAAACAAUAUUUUUUUUCUAAACAUUAUGGCAUUGAUAAAUUAAGUACUUGAUCAAAGGGUCAUAUAAUGUAAUGGUGAUAGUCAUGUGAUUGUAUUGUGGAGGUGCGAGAUAGAGAAUCAUAUGAACUUAACAACAACUGUAAAAUAGGAAAUCAUUAUUUUUUUAUCAUAUGGAUGAGGAUAGAAAAGUUGUGUGAUAUUUUUUUCUGUACAGAUGUUAGUUCAGUAUUUUGGACAGAAAUAGCAUUUGUAUUGUUAAUUUAUACGACCAUUAUUGUUAUAUUAUUUUCUAAUUGCUUGAUUAUUAUUAAUAAUAAAAACUAUUUGUUAUAAA